UGGCGUUGUCCUGGCGCUGCUCCCGCCAUGUCUACGACGUUCCCCUCCCUCCUGCCCCGCCUCACCGAGUCCCUCUGGUUCAACCUCGACCGGCCGUGCGUUGACGAGACCGAGCUGCAGCAGCAGGAGCAGCAGCACCAGGCCUGGCUCCAGAGCAUUGCUGAGAAGGACAACAACUUGGUGCCCAUAGGAAAGCCAGCGUCCGAGCACUAUGAUGAGGAAGAGGAGGAGGAUGAUGAAGAUGAUGAAGACAGUGAAGAGGACUCAGAAGAUGAUGAAGACAUGCAGGAUAUGGAUGAGAUGAAUGAUUAUAAUGAGUCUCCUGAUGAUGGGGAGAUCAAUGAGGUGGACAUGGAGGGGACAGAGCAGGAUCAGGACCAGUGGAUGAUCUGAUUCUGCCACAACCACACCAAAACAGAGGCUGGGGGAGAGCCUUUGCCCUCCAUGGCUCUGGGGGACAGUUCAGUGAAGCUCUUCCUUCCAUGGGUGCUGUGUGGGGCAGGAGGUUCAGAGGGAAGCCCCCCAGGGGAGCCAGAGGAGAAACUGCCACCUGGCAUACUGGAACUGACACAUCUUUUCUAAUAAACUCAGUUUUCAAGAAAACAA